UGCAAACACACAAGCACCAUCUUCUCUCAAACACACAAACAUAUCUCUUCUCUCAAACACCAACAUUUCUAUUCUCUCUCUACUCAUUUUUUGUUCAACUGAUCAACAGAGAGAGAAAACGAUGGAGUUAACACUAAAUUCCUCAAGUUCUCUAAUCAAACGUAAAGAUACCAAAAGCUCAAGAAACCAUGAAAGCUCCUCCAACAUGUCAUUUGCCAAAAUGAAGCCACCAACAUAUCAAUUCCAAGCAAAGAGCUCGGUUAAGGAAAUGAAGUUCACUCACGAGAAAACCUUCAAGCCAGAAGGUGAAGAAGCCACUGAAAGAUGGGAGAAGCUCCACGUUCUCUCCUACCCACACCCCAAGAACGACUCCAGCGUUCCUGUUUUCGUCAUGUUACCGCUGGACACGGUGACAAUGUCAGGGCACUUGAACAAACCAAGAGCCAUGAACGCUAGUUUGAUGGCUCUAAAAGGAGCUGGUGUGGAAGGUGUAAUGGUUGACGCUUGGUGGGGAUUGGUGGAGAAAGAUGGACCUAUGAAGUAUAACUGGGAAGGCUAUGCCGAGCUUAUACAGAUGGUUCAGAAGCAUGGUCUCAAGCUUCAGGUUGUUAUGUCUUUCCAUCAAUGCGGAGGAAACGUUGGAGACUCUUGCAGUAUACCCUUGCCCCCAUGGGUGCUUGAAGAGAUCAGCAAGAACCCUGAUCUUGUCUACACAGACAAAUCUGGAAGAAGGAACCCUGAGUACAUCUCCUUGGGAUGUGACUCUGUCCCUGUCUUAAGAGGAAGAACACCUAUCCAGGUCUACUCAGAUUUCAUGAGGAGCUUCCGUGAAAGAUUCGAUCAUUACAUGGGAGGAGUUAUUGCGGAGAUUCAAGUGGGCAUGGGACCUUGCGGAGAAUUGAGAUACCCUUCAUACCCUGAAAGCAAUGGAACAUGGAGGUUCCCUGGAAUUGGCGAGUUCCAGUGCUACGACAAGUAUAUGAGAUCGUCCCUUCAAGCAUAUGCUGAAUCAGUCGGGAAGACUAACUGGGGAACAAGUGGACCACAUGACGCCGGAGAGUACAAGAACCUCCCGGAAGACACUGAGUUUUUCAGGAGAGACGGAACAUGGAACAGCGAGUACGGAAAGUUCUUCAUGGAGUGGUACUCAGGGAAGCUACUUGAGCAUGGAGACAAGCUCCUAGCUUCAGCUAAAGGAGUCUUCCAAGGAACCGGAGCUAAGCUAUCUGGAAAAGUAGCCGGAAUCCACUGGCACUACAACACCAGGUCACACGCCGCUGAGCUAACCGCUGGAUACUACAACACAAGAAACCACGACGGGUAUCUACCAAUAGCUAAGAUGUUCAACAAACAUGGCGUUGUCCUAAACUUCACCUGCAUGGAGAUGAAGGACGGUGAACAACCGGAGCACGCGAACUGCUCGCCGGAAGGUCUGGUUAAGCAAGUGCAGAGCGCGACGAGGCAGGCUGGAACAGACCUAGCGGGGGAGAAUGCGUUAGAGAGAUACGACUCGAGCGCGUUCGGACAGGUGGUUGCAACGAAUAGGUCGGAUUCGGGAAACGGGUUGACAGCGUUUACGUACCUGAGAAUGAACAAGAGGUUGUUUGAGGGUCAAAAUUGGCAGCAGUUGGUGGAGUUUGUGAAGAAGAUGAAGGAAGGUGGUGGUGAUGGGAGGAGGAGACAAUUAUCUGAAGAAGACACUACAGGAAGUGACCUUUAUGUUGGGUUUGUCAGAAAAAGCAGGAAGGUUGAAGAAGUUUCCCUAGUGUAAAAUUUCCACUCUACAUAGGUACACAUAUAGUGUGGUAUGAAUAAUAAACAACAAAACAGUAUACUGUUAAAGCUUUUAGAAUGUGCAGAAAGAAAAGAUGAUGUACACUUAUGUUAUAAAAUUUUCAUCUUCAAACU